AGCAAACUAGUAGAGAUGAUGAGCAGAACUCACUCAAUGCCUGUAGCAACCUCAGCAAGGGUUCUAAGGAAACUGAGAGGGUCAGAGGGGGAGAUGUCGGUCAUGGAGCGGAACAAUAAUAUGUGGCUAGCUGAUAACAGACGGAACACCUUCUUUUUAGAGUUAUCUGGAGUAAAUUUUAACGACAUCACUGAAGAGACUUUGAAAAAAGGAAAAGUGUGGCUUAAAUUCUAUCAGAAAAAAGAAAAGAAAACUGCUGAGGUUCUUAAGAAAUUUGCUAAGGAAAAGCACUUGCUCUCAAAACGCCAACAAGUGCAGAUGGAGCGACUUUUGAAGGACAAUAAUAUUGAGAAGACAAACGAGUUAAAGAAAUUAACUCAGAACCAUACUAACAACCCGUGGGAGACAGAGGAAGAGUUUCAGCAGUUGAUAAGUGUAUUCGAUGAAAAGCAGGCUAAAUCAGUUGAAGUGUUAACUAUGCAUCACAAAUGUGAAACCUUGACGGUCGAGAAAAUCCACAAAUGCGAAAAAUUUGAACACGACCGCCAAGAGAGGAAGGAAAACCAUGAAUACUUUAAGAAAGUGAAGAAGGAUGCGCACGAAAUACAGAUUCGUGAAUAUGAGCAAUACCAGAGCAACGAAGUUAUUGAGCUGACCAAAAUGGUACAAGCUAAACAAGUUGAGAGGAUCCUCAAAUUCACAGCUGAGAUGAAAGAUGGAGAGGGGCUCACUGAACUGCAAGAGAAACUGGACAAGGAAGCUUUAACAAAAAGGAAACAGUUAGCAAACACACAAGAGAUAAGAAGAGAACAGCUGGUUGCAGAGCACAAAGAACAAAUGAAGAUCGUCGAUCAGAUGUAUCUCAAGCGAAUAAAAGAGUUUGAGUUGAACGCUCAGAGUGAGAUAGAGAUGUUAGAAAGACAGAUCGGUGAACUGGAGCAGCAGGCUCUGUACAAUUCAGCAGAUGUUAAAUCCGAGUGAACAAUGUUAGAAAAACAAUCAGUACCUGAUCUUUAUAACCAAUCAGACUAUAAGCGAGAGUAAAGAAAGUCACAGUUAUAAUAGUAGUAACCAUGGUAACUAG